AUGGACUCGGAAAAGAAGUAUGACCUGCGGCGGCAGCAGCAGCAGCAGCAGACCGAAGCAUCAUCUCUGUCGGACAGGUCCGAAGUCGACGACAAAACCAUCGAGGUCAAGACAGGCCAGAAAAAGAUCAGUCACGCCCACAACUCCAGCCAAGGUUCAUCAAGCGGGGCCUCGGAGGAAUCACUCCCGGAGCUCUCCCGGUACACGACAACAGCGUCGCACAUCUCUUCGGCGGACCAGGAUGCAGAUGCCGACGAGGGGCUAGGCGGGUCCGUGGCGCGGGCCAGGACGGGCACCAGCUUCGGCAGCACGGCGUCGCGCAUGCCGGAGCACGAGGUGACGUUUGACGAUGGCGACGACCCGCGCGACUGGCCGCUCUGGUACCGCGGCUGGGUGAUCUUCUGCAUCGCCUUCUCGACGUGGGUCGUAGUCCUGUACAGCACCAGCUACACGGCCUCGAUCCCGGGCCUGAUGCUCGAGUUUGACGUCGCCAGCCAGACCCUCGCCACCCUCGGCGUCACCAGCUACCUCGUCGGCCUGGCCGUCGGGAGUGUGGUGCUGGCCCCGCUGAGUGAGCUGUACGGCCGCCGGCCCGUCUAUCUCGUCUGCUUGGUCUGCUUCACGGUGCUUGUUAUUCCGACAGCCGUGGCUAAUUCUCUUGAGGAGAUUAUAGUGGUGCGGUUUUUUGGAGCCGUCUUCGGCGCCGCCAUGAUCGCCAAUAGCCCCGGCACCGUCGUUGACAUAUCGACCGAGCAGUACCGGGCGCUGUGCAUGUCUCUCUUCUCCAUUGCUCCCUUCAACGGGCCCGCAACGGGCCCCCUAAUUGGCGGUUUUGUGUACCAGGCCUACGGCUGGCGGUGGGACAAUUGGCUGGUGCUGAUCCUGGGCGUCGUAGCUUCCGGGCUCAUGUUCACAGUCCGGGAGACUUACGCGCCCGCCAUACUCCGGGCCAAAGCGCAACGCAGGAGGAAGGAGACAGACGACGAUAGGUGGUGGUCCAGGUACGACGAGGCGGCAGAUUCCAAGGUUCGGCUGUUUAAGGAGAACAUGGCCAGGCCGUUUGUGUUGGCUGUGACGGAGCCUAUCUUGUGGUUUUUUAAUCUAUGGAUUUCCUUGAUCUACGGAAUUCUCUACCUCUGCUUCGUCGCCUACCCCAUCGUCUUCUCCCAGCACCGCGGCUGGGGCCCCGGCACAUCAGGCCUGGCCUUCCUCGGCAUGGGCGUCGGUGUGCUGCUGUCCAUCGCCGCAGAGCCGCUCCUCCGGCGGCUCAUCAACUCGCACCCCAAGGACCCCACGACGGGCCGCGUGGCGCCCGAGGCGUCGGCCAGCGCCAUGGUGAUGGGCGCCGUGCUGGCCGCGGUGGGCCAGCUCGUGUUCGCCUGGACCUGUCUGCCCGUCACCAUCCACUGGGCGGUGCCCAUCGCGGCGGGGAUCCCCUUCGGCGCCGGGAACACGCUCGUCUUCAUCUACGGCAGCAGCUACCUGGCCUCGGCCUACGGCAUCUACAGCGCCAGCGCCUUGGCCAGCAACGCAGUCGUCCGCUCGCUGUUUGGCGGCACGCUGCCCCUCGCCGGCGCCGCCAUGUACGCCGCGCUGUCGCCGCGCUGGGCCGGCAUGCUGCUGGGUCUGCUCGAGGUCAUCUUCAUACCCAUCCCCGUCGUGUUCUACAAGUACGGCGACCGGAUCAGGGCGCGCAGCCCUGUCAUCCGCCGCAUGAGGGAGGAGGAGGAGGAGAAUGAGGCGAAGCGGGCGAGGAGGCUGGCUAGGGCGCUGAGGAGGCAGGGGAGGGAGGCGGAGGCUGCUGCUGCUUUGGAGAGGAGUGUCAGUGGUGUUGGUGGCGGUGAUGUGGUUGAAAGUAUUACUACAGCAGCUGGAGAUGCUGAAAAGGGGAUUUCUCAAAGGGGCCAGGUGGCAGUAUAG